GGGCCGCCUUCCAGGGCGCAAUCCCCGCGCGCGACACCCAGCGCAGCCGAGCCACCUCCCCAGCCGCCCGCUAGCAAGUUUGGCGCCUCCGAGUCCGGCGCGCCUCGGGAUCCGGGUGCAUCCUUCAGGCUCCGGCGAGCCCCGCUUGGCGGGGACCCUCGAGAACCAUGCCGCUGGAUGUGAUCUUAGUUGUGGGGUUCUGUGUAUGCACCGCCAGGACAGUGAUGGGCUUUGGGAUGGACCCUGACCUUCAGAUGGAUAUCAUCGCUGAGCUGGACCUGGUGAACACCACUGCUGGCGUCACUCAGGUGCCUGGACUUCAUAAUGCCAGCAAGGCAUUUUUAUUUCAAGACACAGAAAGAGAGAUCCACGCAGCCCCUCAUGUGAGUGAGAAAUUAAUCCAGCUCUUCCGAAAUAAGAGCGAAUUUACCUUUCUGGCUACAAUACAGCAGAAGCCUUCGACUUCAGGAGUGAUAAUAUCUAUUCGAGAACUGGAGCACAGCUAUUUUGAACUGGAAAGCAGUGGCCUGAGAGACGAGAUUCGAUAUCACUACAUACAUAAUGGGAAGCCAAGAACACAGGCACUCCCGUACCGGAUGGCGGAUGGACAGUGGCACAAGGUCGCCCUUUCCGUUAGUGCCUCUCAUCUCCUACUCCAUGUUGACUGCAACAGGAUUUAUGAGCAUGUAAUAGACCCUCCUGAUACCAACCUACCCCCAGGAAGCAAUUUAUGGCUUGGUCAACGCAACCAAAAGCAUGGCUUAUUCAAAGGGAUCAUCCAAGAUGGGAGAAUCAUCUUUAUGCCAAAUGGAUACAUUGCACAGUGUCCAAACCUGAAUCGCACUUGCCCGACCUGCAGUGAUUUCUUAAGCCUGGUGCAAGGAAUAAUGGAUUUACAAGAGCUUUUGGCCAAGAUGACUGCAAAAUUAAAUUAUGCAGAAACAAGACUGAGCCAAUUAGAAAACUGUCAUUGCGAGAAGACCUGCCAAGUGAGUGGACUGCUGUAUCGAGACCAAGACUCUUGGGUUGAUGGUGACCACUGCAGGAACUGCACGUGCAAAAGUGGCACUGUGGAAUGCCGGAGGAUGUCGUGUCCUCCUCUUAAUUGCUCCCCAGAUUCUCUCCCUGUGCACAUUGCUGGCCAGUGCUGUAAGGUUUGCCGACCAAAAUGUAUCUAUGGAGGAAAAGUCCUUGCAGAAGGCCAGAGGAUCCUAACCAAGAGCUGUCGAGAAUGCAGAGAUGGAGUGUUAGUGAAAAUCACCGAAAUGUGCCCCCAGCUGAAUUGCUCUGAGAAGGACCACAUUCUUCCUGAGAACCAGUGCUGCAGUGUCUGCAGAGGUCAUAACUUUUGUGCAGAGGGACCUAAAUGUGGUGAGAAUUCAGAGUGCAAAAACUGGAAUACAAAGGCUACCUGUGAGUGCAAGAGUGGUUAUAUAUCUAUCCAGGGAGACUCUGCCUACUGUGAAGAUAUUGAUGAGUGUGCAGCUAAGAUGCAUUACUGUCAUGCCAAUACCAUCUGCGUCAACCUGCCUGGCUUAUAUCGCUGUGACUGCAUCCCAGGGUAUAUCCGCGUGGAUGACUUCUCUUGUACAGAGCAUGACGAGUGUGGCAGCGGGCAGCACAACUGUGACGAGAAUGCCAUCUGCACCAACACUGUCCAGGGUCACAGCUGUACCUGCAAACCGGGUUACGUGGGGAAUGGGACCAUCUGCAGAGCAUUCUGUGAAGAAGGCUGCAGAAACGGUGGAACGUGUGUGACUCCCAACAAAUGUGUCUGUCCCCCUGGAUUCACGGGAAGCCACUGUGAGAAAGAUAUUGAUGAGUGCACAGAGGGGAUCAUUGAGUGCCACAACCAUUCACGCUGCGUUAACCUGCCAGGGUGGUACCACUGUGAGUGCAGAAGCGGUUUCCAUGACGAUGGGACCUACUCACUGUCCGGGGAAUCCUGUGUUGACAUCGAUGAGUGUGCCUUAAGGACUCACACCUGUUGGAAUGAUUCUGCAUGCAUCAACCUGGCAGGGGGCUUUGACUGCCUCUGUUCCUCUGGGCCUUCCUGUUCGGGGGACUGUCCUCAUGAAGGAGGACUGAAGCAUCAUGGGCAGGUGUGGACACUGAAAGAAGACCGGUGUUCUGUUUGUUCCUGCAAGGAUGGAAAGAUAUUCUGUCGAAGGACAGCUUGUGACUGCCAGAAUCCAAGUGUUGACCUUUUCUGCUGCCCAGAAUGUGACACCAGGGUCACAAGUCAAUGCUUGGAUCAAAAUGGACACAAGCUCUAUCGGAGUGGAGACAAUUGGACCCACAGCUGCCAGCAGUGCCGAUGUCUGGAAGGAGAGGUGGAUUGUUGGCCACUAGCUUGCCCCAAUUUGAGCUGCGAGUUCACAGCCAUCUUCGAGGGCGAGUGUUGCCCCCGCUGUGUCAGUGACCCCUGCCUGGCUGAUAACAUCACCUAUGACAUCAGAAAAACUUGCCUGGACAGCUAUGGGGUUUCAAGGCUCAGUGGCUCAGUGUGGACAAUGGCUGGAUCUCCCUGCACAACCUGCAAAUGCAAGAAUGGAAGUGUCUGCUGUUCCGUGGACCUGGAAUGUCUUCAUAAUAACUGAAGUAUUUAAAAUGGACUCAUCACUGAAGAAAAAUGGACAAAACAGACCAUUCAACACGCUAGGGAGCAGGAUUUGGUCUUUUCCAUCACAGACAAUUACCAAAGUCUCCAUCUGAAGAAGGUGGCUGGGGAUUGCCUUUCUGGACCUACCACUUUGCUCAUUCUUGCUACCCUAGUGUAGGUGACCUCCAGUGCAGUGCAUUUGAGUCUAUGAUUGUUUGGAGAAGUUCCCCGUGUUGUAUAUCACAUUUUCCCCUUAUCAGAUCAAAUACAUUUCUAUGGUCUCAUAGUAAGCGUUGCUGUAUGUUUCCGUUUAUUUUGUAUACUGACAUAAUAGAGAUCUGUUGCCCUUUAUUUAUUUUUUUUCUUGCUUUUUGGAUCAAAUUCUAUGAAUAAAGUUGCCUGUUGUGAUUUUU